AUGGGCUGCCUCGGGCAGCUCGGAAAUAUGGCCCAGUCUCCCCGAUUUGAAUACUGGGAAACCUUCCUAGGCCCGAGGAUUUCAUUUUCGCCAAAUAAGACAAGUCUAGCUCGGGCUUGUGACAGCUUGACAUCCGGCCCACGACGCUCGGUACAGCUGGUAGUCCAUUCCCCCUUGCUGCAUGCUCAGUGCACUGUAUUUGGGGUCAGGAGUCCAUAA